UUGGAAGCCGGGAAGGGGAGCUGUCGCAGUGGACAUUUGCCUGCUGCUGACCUCUGCUAAGCCAGCAGCUACUUGGGACUCUGAGCAGCAAUAGUCUUCAUACUGAUUCGAGUCCUACAUCCCUUAUCCCACCACCCACUCCCCAGGUAAUUCUCCAGGUGGUCAGGCUGGACCCCUGCCCAGCUUCAAGCUCGAGCCGGCGUUUCCCCGGAAAUUUCCGUUUCUACGUGAUAAGAAGUCAGAAAGGCUGCGAAUUGCUAGGAAAGUGAAGGAUCAAAAGGGGUUUUAGGUGGAGAAACGAUGGCCAGACUGGAAAACACUAGACUGAUUUCCGCGUCAAGCCUGCACCCGGGUUUUAGAACUACAUUUCCCACAAAGGUGGACUACAACUCCCGUGAGGCCGCGGGCGCGCCCGGGAGACGCAAAGUGACAGCUUCCUGUCUUGCGAAAAGCCGCGUGGCUGACGACCGGAAGGAAAGCACCGGUAUAUGGAAGUGGGACCUCGCCGAAGACCCUGUGAUUGUGUCUGGUGCUUCUUGGAACUCCUGGUGGCAGCUCGCAGCGAGAGGAGCUACUUUUUAAUUCGAUUCUUACAGGGACCUUGGGCUGUGAAGUCUCUGCUGCCUCGCUUUUCCUUAAACAAGCAAUUUCUACAAUCACUCUUCUGGCUUCAAAUGUUAAAACUGACAACCUCCAGUUUGUAGAUGUUCCUCAUUGGAUUAGAAACAUCAAAGCAAGGAAAUCCAAUUUAAGGUAGUGUGGACCCGUAUGAUUCGUUUAUUCCUGGGGUUGUCUUACCAUGGCUGAAAACGACACAGACAGAAUCCAGAAUGAGAAACUCCUAAAAAGAGUACAAGAACUGGAGCAAGAGGUACAAAGACUUAAAAAAAACCAAGCCAACAGCAAGGACUCAAAUGUUAGAGAAAAUUCUUCAGGAGCUGGAAAAGCUAAGCGUGCAUUUGAUUUCAGUGCGCAUGGUCGAAGACAUGUAGCCCUAAAGAUAGCCUAUCUGGGCUGGGGAUACCAAGGCUUUGCCAGUCAGGAAAACACAAACAAUACAAUUGAAGAGAAGCUGUUUGAGGCUCUAACCAAGACCCGACUAAUAGAAAGCAGACAGACAUCCAACUAUCACCGGUGUGGGCGAACAGAUAAAGGAGUUAGCGCCUUUGGACAGGUGAUUUCUCUUGACCUCCGUUCUCACUUUCCAAAGGGCAGGGAUUCAGAGGAUUUUAAUCUAACAGAUGAAGUCAACAGUGCUGCUAAAGAGAUCCGUUAUACCCACAUUCUCAAUCGGGUGCUCCCUCCAGACAUCCGGGUACUGGCGUGGGCCCCUGUAGAACCUAGCUUUAGUGCUAGGUUCAGCUGUCUUGAGCGGACUUACCACUAUUUUUUCCCUCGGGCUGACUUAGAUAUUGUAACCAUGAACCGUGCAGCUCAGAAGUAUGUCGGCACACAUGAUUUUAGGAACUUAUGUAAAAUGGAUGUAGCCAACGGAGUGAUUAAUUUUCAGAGGACUAUUCUGUCUGCUCAAAUACAGCUAGUGGGCCAGAGCCUGGCUGAGGAGAGAUGGCAAGAACCUUUCCAGUUAUGUCAGUUUGAAGUGAUUGGCCAGGCGUUCCUUUAUCAUCAAGUCCGUUGUAUGAUGGCUAUCCUUUUUCUAAUUGGCCAAGGAAUGGAGAAGCCAGAGAUUAUCGAUGAGCUGCUGAACAUAGAGAAAAAUCCCCAAAAACCUCAAUACAGUAUGGCUGUAGAAUUUCCUCUAGUCUUAUAUGACUGUAAGUUUGAAAGUAUCAAGUGGAUCUAUGACCGGGAAGUUCAUGAGUUCAAUGUUACCCACCUACAACAACAGUGGGCUAAUCAAGCUGUUAAGACUCACAUGUUGUAUAGUAUGCUGCAAGGACUCGACUCUGUUGCAGUACCCUGUGGGACAGGACCUAAGACGGAUGGAGAGAUAGACUGGAGAAAUGUUAAGCCCUCUGUCAUAAAGCAGACAAGUGCCUUUGUAGAAGGAGUGAAAGUACGCACAUAUAAGCCCCUAAUGGAUCGUCCUAAAUGCCAUGGAUUAGAAUCCCGGAUCCAGCAUUUUGUACGUAGGGGACGCAUCGAGCAGCCACAUGAGGAACAAACAAAAGCCAAAAGGGACUGUAAUGACACACUAGAGGAAGAAAAUACUAUUUUGGAGAAACCAACAAAGAGAGUCUGUGUUGAUACAGAAAUUACAAGCAUCAUUUAACCACAGAAAACUUGCCAGGAUCAAGGCGGCAACGAGCUAAUGGUAGGUGGGCAGAAAGGAAAUACAAUAUUUACUGCAAGUCCUAGAAAUCCAGAUGAUCAGCUCUUAAAAAAAACCAAAGCGAACAAAACCAAAAAGACCAUAGGCCCUAUGAAGGAAGUUCUUGCUUGAACAAGAGAUCAAACAUUCUCUCAUUCCUGUCCAAAAGGAGUUAGAGAUGGAAGAAGCAAAAAGCAAAUGUGAAAUGGAGAUGUAUUUACAUACACCUGGAAACCUGUGCCUUGUAUUCAAGUUCAUUAAAGCCUGAUUCUGCAA